UAAAACACUUUGUCUGUAAUAUUUUUAAAAAUGGCUUGAGUGGUCUUACAGCUGGGGUAGGAGUGGCUGCAUCUUUCCAGAAGAUGUGGUGGUUCUUGCCUGGGCUGCUUCCUGGUGCUUCUCUUGACUUUGCUUCACGCCCUGGGCACCCCGAGGUUCUGUUGCAACUGCUCUCACCAUUGCAGCCAUGAUCUCCUUACCGGACACCCAGAGAAUUGGAGUGGGAUUAACAGGAUAUGGAGUAUUUUUCCUGUUCUUUGGAAUGAUUCUCUUAUUUGACAAAGCACUACUGGCUAUUGGAAAUGUUUUAUUUGUGAGUAGCUUGGCUUUUGCAAUUGGUUUACAAAGAACAUUCAGAGUCUUCUUCCAAAAACAUAACAUGAAAGCUACAGGAUUUUUCCUGGGUGGUAUAUUUGUUGUCCUUGUUGGUUGGCCCUUCGUAGGCAUGAUCUUUGAAAUUUAUGAUUUUUUUCUUGUUUUCAGGGGCUUCUUUCCUAUGGUCACUGGCUUUAUUAGAAGAGUGCCAGUCCUUGGGUUCCUCUUGAAUUUACAUGGAAUUAGAUCAUUUGUUGAUAAAGUUGGAGAAAGCAACAGUAUGAUGCAGGAGCACCCAUAG